AUGAAAUUCGCUCUCUGUAUUCUUGUCAUCCUGGGAUGUGCCAGUGGUCAGUUCGGACCCGUCGGUAUAAAACAUAUACUCCGGGCUCACAAUGACUUGAGAUCCGAUAUUGCUAUGGGAAUCUAUGACGGUUAUGGAGCUUUCAAGAAACCUAAACCCCCAGCAACCAAUAUGCGCAAGAUGGGACCAAGGUCCUCGCAAGUCUGGGAAGAGGAAGGAAACGUGAAGGGUUCUGAGAUUUAUAAGACAGGAGAGACUUGCUCUGCCUGCUCUGCUGGAUCAACUUGCGAUACUGCUACCGGAUUGAAACACCAAAACAAGGGGCGGAGCACAGGUGUAUUUUGA